GGAACGUUAGGAGUACAGGAGAUAGCAUUUUAAAUUCUGGCGUUUAUUAUUUAUAUAAUUGUAAAUACGUUAUUGUUUCUAUAAAAAAAUCAUGAGGCUAUGGCUACGAAUUAUAUUGGAAUGGCUGCACUGUUUAGAUGUAGUGGAAACAAAUGUGAAAGACUUGAAAGAACUAGAAGACGGAAAAUUUUACAAAAAGUUAUUACAACAAUGUUCAUGGAAAGGUAUAGAGGACACAUCAGAUACAGAAAAUAUUGUUACAAAAUUUUUGCAAGAUGAAUAUCCUGAAUUCAUGUUGAAUGUAGAAACAUUUGAAGAGAUUGAACACAUGGACAUUGCAUCCUUAUUUUUAUUGUAUAUAUGUCAAUACGAACCAUUAUUUUAUCAACCUAUGUGUAACAAAUUGCAACAUGAGACUCAAAUUAAAAUUAAAAUGUUCCUUGAAAUAAUUAUUCCGUAUGGAAAGAAUAUAAACAAGGAGUCAUUAAGAGCAGCAAUAGCUGAAUUAGAAUACAAUGCACCAAAAACACCGGUGACACCAAGAACACGAUCGCUGAAAGAUUUUUUUACUUCUCCUGCCACGCGAUCUGCUCAAACUCAUAAAGUAUUGAGCGAACGAAAUCGCGAAUUGAGGAAGUUAAUGAACGAAUUAGAAGUGGAGCGAUUCGAGAAAGCAGAUUUACAGGAAGAUUUGCGAAUCCAACAGAAUAAAGUUCAAAGUUUGCAAAAUGCGUUGCGAGAACAGACCGCGGAACUGAAAGCUUUACGGAACGAAAGAGUGCCAAACACUCCGCAGUCUUGUAAAAAAAGUAAAAAUACAACAGACUUGGAACACUAUUACAGAAGGGAGGUAGGUCAGUUAGAAGAUGAACUAAUACAGAAACAAUUCGAGAUAGAUAAGCUUGAAACAGAGAAUGACAGUUUGUAUAAGAAAGUAAAAGGUAUGGAAAGACAAUACAUAAGCAUUAAGGAGAAACUGAGAAUUUGUGAAAAAUCUUUGGAAAGUAUGCAAAUUCAAGGGGAACUUAAAGACAGAGAGAUAGUAGAUCUUAGAAUUACUAACGAAGAAUUACGCACUCACUUGAAAGAAUUUAAUAGAACAGAUGAUGGGGAACAAAGUUUUGAAAUUGAUGGCAUAGUACCUUUAACUUUAACCGUACCGUCUCUAAAUACUAGCGAAGCUCUUAGUUCAGUAAUCGAGAUUCAAUUGCAAGAAGCGAAAGAAGAAUCUGCUGCAUUGAAAACUGAAAUUGAUGUUUUAAAUAAAAAAUUAGAUUCCACAAGCCGAGACUAUAAAAACGUAACGCAACUUUUAGAGGAAAAGACAGUAAACUUACAAGAUACAGAAGCUAAAUUACGUACCACUUUGAAUAAAUUCGCUAAGGAGGUCGAAUCUUUACAAACAGAGAAAAAGUCUUUAAUAAAUGAAAAUCAACGUUUAGAAAAGUUAUAUGCCUCUCAGAAAACAUCGUUGUUACAAAUCGAAGAGACUAAAAAUAUUUUAACCAUGGAAGUUGAUACUUUGAAGGAAAAAAUUAAAGUGACGGAAAACUCUUUAAAUGAUGUGAAUGUAAAUAACGUACAGUUAAAUGAUGCACUUGCAGAUGCUGAAUCAGAGAUAGUUAAAAAAAUUAAAAGUAUACAAGAUUUAAAUAAUUUAUAUGACAUUACAUUUGAAAGCUAUGAUACAAAUUUGAAGAAGAUUAUACUUAAUAAUUUAGUAACUCGUGACUGUCAAAAUGAUUUAGAUGAUGCAACAACUGCUCAGCUUAUAGAAAAAGUAAAGAUAUUAUUAGACGAUUUUAAUGAAAAAUCCACUUCUCAACAAAUGGAGCUUAAAUCUUUGAAAAGUAGUAUGGAACAAAUGGAAUUAAAGACAGAACAAUAUCAAUCAAAAAUAUGCGAAUUAGAAAAGAAUGAUAAACAAAGUGCUGAAGAGAUAUCAAAGCUAAAGGAAACUAUUGCAAGAAAUAUAACAGAGAUUAACAAACUUAAUGCUGCUGUAAAUCAAUAUUCUACCGAAAUUUCAUGUUUACGAGAAGUUGAACUUGAAAAACAAAUUUUAGAGAAAGAUUUGUACACGCUUAAAGAUGAUUUGGACAAGAAAAGUACAUUAUUAAAAUCUUCUACAAGAUCUACACAAAAUUUAAAAGAAACUCUGAAUGCAUUAAUAGCGGAAUUCCGUUGGACAAAGGAGGAUAUACUGAAUCAAUUGAAUGAAUGUCAAAAACAAAGUGAUGAAAUCAUUACAAAUAUUUUAAAUGCUCACAAAAUAUUACAUAACAAUUUCACCAAAGAACAACUUCACAGAAAAGAAAUCGAGGACAAACUUGCAGAUAACGAAAAAGAAUUAAAAGAUAAUCAAAACUUAAACACUGCAUUAGAAAACAAUUUGGUAAAAACUAAGCAAACAGUAAGCGAAUUAGAGACAGCAUUGGUAGAAGUUAAACAAAAAUUAACAGAAUCUAUACAAAAAUCGGAAAACCUUCAGAAAACGAAUAAAAUUCUGGAAAAACAACAAGAAGAUAUGGAGGGUCAAAAUGAAAAAGUUUUGCUCGAUUUAAAUAUGGUAAACGAUAAACUUAAACUAGCUCAAGAAGAAACAUCUAACUCGUCGAAUCAAUUAAAGUUAAAAACCGAAAAAAUUACACAUUUAAUUGCAGAAGUUACUUCUCUGAAAUUAGAAAAAGAACAUGUAAUUCAUUUACAACAGGAAGAAGAAUCUAACAUGAAGAGUUUUAUACAAGAAUUAGAAGAGAAAUUGUUAGAGAAGCAACGCGAGUUGGAUCAGCUAAAUAUAGAGAUAAAAUUAAAACAGGAAACAUUAGAACUUGUACAGAACAAAUUUGAAAAAUUGUCGAAAGAAACAGUUGUUUCUGAAAUAAAAAUGAAAGAAGUAAUUAUGAAUCUCCAGGAAGUGAGAACUACACAAGAUACAGUUUUGACAACUCAAGAGAAGGCCUUAAAGGAGAAGGCUUUACAGAUGAUCCAACUUGAGAAAGAAUUUAUGGAAUCAAAAAGCGUGCUUUAUAAGCAAUUCGAGGAUGAGAAAACGCUAUGUCAAAGUUUACAAAGUAAAAAUUCCGAAUUACAAAUUGAAUUGUACAAGCAAAUGAAAACUUUAAAUGAAUUGCAAGAAGUAUUGAAGAGAGAAAAAAUUGAACAUGACAAAAGUAAGGAAUACUCUAAAAUUCUGGAUACAAAGAUGUUAGAAAUUGCACAAAUUUGUAAUGAACUAGAAUAUUCUGUAAAUGAUUUGAGACCUGCAAUAGCAAACGCAACUCCAGCCAAUGAAAACUUUUAUAAUGAUGGUGAUGACAGAUUGUUGUCUAUAAAUAAUGAUAGUUACAAGACUAAUAAUAUUUUAAAUACUGUAAAGACAUCUAUUAACGAAGUACAUGCAUCGCGUAAAUUAAUUUUAUAUCUAUCAAAUGUAAAUACAAACUUGAAUGAAACUUUGGAGAAUCAAAAAGUUAUUACAGAUAACUAUAUACAAAAAUGUAAAGAGACCGAAACAUUAAAAAUUGAAGUGCAGGCAUUGAAGAAUACAAAAGAAAAACAUGUGAAACAUCUAAAUAAUCUUAUAAAACGUAAAGAGUCAUUAAGAGAUUCUUUGCAGAAUGUUAUAAAAUCGAGAAAAGAUUUGGAUACAUCUUUGGAUGAACUAAAAGAAAAAUGGGAUAGAUUGUUAACAAAGUCUGGUAGUAUUUUGGAAAUGGAUAAUUUAGUAUGCGAUAAGUUAAAACAGAUACAGGUCAGAAAAACACACCUCGAAAAUACCUUGUCUAAAUACAAUAUUCAUCAAUUGCAAAACAUAAUACCUACGCACACUAUUCUGUGGCAAAAGUUCUUAUGGACAGAGCAAGAAUUGAAAAAUACUUAUUUGAAUCUAUCUGACAAUGAAGAAAUGUAUGAUAUAUGUUUGGAUACCUUUUCGGAUGAGAGAACAGUAAUUGAAGCCGAGCUACAAAAAAAUGUAAUAUUCAAAGAGCGCAUUAUUCAAACUGAAAAGGAAAUAGAUGAUUUUGCCAACUUAGUUACUUCAUUAGAAACUGAUUUCAAAUCUAACGGAACAAAAUAUCAAUCUGAAACGGAGAAAAAAUUACAAUUUCAAAUUGAUGAACUAAUAGAGGAGAAAAAUAAUGUAGCAAACAAAUUAGACUGUGCACGCAUGAAGAAUGCAAAAUUGGAAGAGCAUAUCGAUGAACUCCGAGAAAAGAUAAACGAAUUAAGAACAAUCUCAUGGAAAGAAACAGAAGCAUUAAAGGAAGAAAACUUGAAGCUACAAGAAGAAAGGGACGAGUUAAGCAAGCGGCCGAGGAAAGAAGACGUCGACAAUCAGUUGAAAGAUAUUUAUGAGAAGUAUAAGAUUAAAUUAGAUGAAAUGAAACUAAAUAUGAAAACAGCAUAUAAUGAACAAGUAACUAAGUUAAACAAAGAACAAGAACAAUGUGUACAGGAAAGAUUGGAAACACUACAGAAAAAAAUGGAAAUACAAUGUCGCAAACAGGCAGAUGAAUUAAGCAAGUACAAAGCACAUGUCGCAGGCAUGAGUUCGCAGAUUUGGAAUGUUGGAGAAAAACUCUUAAGUGAACGACAAGAGAAGGAGAAGUUACAGAAGGAGCUAGUCGAACUGAAACUUAAAUAUCAACACUUGGAUCAACAGUUGAUUUCCUCAAUAGAACAUAGAAGUACCAAAUACGAAAAAAGAGAUUUACUAUCGGGAGAAAACAAAGAAGAGAUUUUACAUAAAGUUACCGUGAUCGAAGAAAAAACAGCUUUUGAAAGAAGAUGCAGUAUUAGAAGUAUACAAACAAUGGGUAAUGCAUUUAAUGCGGAAGACGAGGAGGGAGAAGUGUUCGAUAAUAUUUAUUUAGGUAAAUUAUGUAAGAUUUAUGAACGAAAAUUAGAAAAAAUUUAUGUUUAUCAAUUAAACGAAUCUAAUUUAUUAGCCGACAUGAAAAAUGGUUUCCAUCCUUUACCAUUUACGGAAGAAGAAAUUAAAACAGGCUCAGCAGCAGAUGAAAUGUUUAAUGAUAGUUUAAGUCAAAGUUUACUUCCUGAACAGAAAGCAAAGAAGAAAGACAGAACUCAGACAUCAUACAAAAAACCUGGCCCUCCAACACCCAGUAAGAAUGGAGGAAGAUUAUCACUACAAGGCAAUGAACUAAAGAGUCCAAACUCAAGGAUACUAAGAGAAAGAAAUAAAGACAGAGCAACGGCAACACCGCGCACACUGAAAAGUCUAUUCACUUCAAGACGACAAGACGAAAAUGUUUCAGUUACACCAAGAGGUCGUAGAAGAAGUAACAUUUUCCGUAGAUAUCGUGGUACGACCGACAGAUAAAAAUCAUCACGUAUGUAACACGAAUUAUUUUCUACCACCAAUAUUUGUAACUUUAAGGAGAACAAUUUAUUUUCUUUUAACUUUCCUUA